CCAGCCGCAGACCCCCGGAAAAUGCGCAGAAUCAUAGCAGAGGAUCCGGAGUGGUCUUUAGCUGUUGUGCCCCAGUUGACAAACCUUUGCCUUCAGCACAUAGUGAAAAACUUUGAAGAAAAGCCCAUCCUUGAUGAACUCCUGCCCAGUCAUAAAGCACAGGUGCUGGAGAAGCUAUCCACCUCUCUUCCCCUGAGUAUCACAGCCAAUCUGGUGAGCCAGGAGAGCUACUGGAAACGCUGCUGUGAGGAGCGCUGGGGAUUGUGUGACGUGUUGCCGUACGGCGACAGCUGGAAACGCAUGUUCUUCGAACGCCACCUAGAGAACAUUAUUGAGCUCUUUAUCCCGGAUCUAAUCGACCCCAAGACGGUUCUGGACAUGGUGCCGCUUUGCAAGAAUUAUGUGAAGCGGCUAAUUAUCUCUCAGCUUCUGCCACCUAUCAGGGAACCACAAAAACUGGAAGAGGAUGACGGUUCAGAUACUGCUAGUGAUAUGGGUUAUAAUGGUCCUUCCAUGGACCAUUUUGACUUCAGAAUUCUCUUAGACAAGCUGACAAAUCUGGAGGAAUUCCAUGUAAUGUACAGGGUUAAAGGAUGUGGCAUGAACUUUGAAUGGAAUCUUUUUGAGUUCACCUUACGAGACUGUGAGUCGCUGGCCAAAGCCCUGCAAUCCUGUAAGACUCUGAAGGUGCUGAAAAUCCAACAGAGCAAAGUAGAUGACGCAAAAUGUCGCGUUCUGGUGAACUACUUACUGGAGCACCCUUCCCUGCAAGAGCUUGACCUCUCACACAACAUAAUUGGGGACCGCGGGGCACGGGCCAUUGGCAAACUGCUUAAUAAGAGUGCGCUGAAGACCCUGUCUGUUUAUGAUAACCAAAUACAAGGCCCCGGGGCCCAGGCCAUAGCCCACGCCCUGACCAAAAACACCACCCUUCUCUCUCUCAAUCUACGUCUGAACCGCAUAGGGGAUGAAGGAGGUCAGGCCUUGGCCCAAGCCCUGCUGAAGAACGAGACCCUGGUGUAUCUUCACGUGGGAGCCAAUGAGAUGACAGAACCCACAGCCACAGCAGUUUCACAGGCCCUUGUUAUGAACACUAGGCUGAAGAGCAUCAACCUGUCUUGCAACAAACUGGGAGUGGAUGGAGGUAAGGUGCUAGAGGAGGGUAUGAGCCACAACACUACUUUGGUGGAGUGUGAUAUCCGCCUGACAGACACAAACCAGGUGAGUGAGUUCUGCAUCGCCCAGUUUCUACUUAACAACAAGAGCAAAGCCCACCUCAAAUGAGCCAACAGCCCAGCACCAAGUGAGCCCGGCACAGCAUGUUUCAACGACAACAUACAAGACAUUCACGAAGGUUCUCUGUGCAAAUCCCUCUGUCUAGCUCUCUCUGUCCGUGUCUUUGGAGUUUACAUGUGUGUCACCCUAUU